AUGGGUGAAGAACAAGAAGUCAGUGUUGCUGGAUUCUUGAACACCAGGCAGUUUCUCAUCUACAAUGAAGAUCACAAGCGCUGUGUGAAUGUAAUAAAUGCCAAUUCUGUUCAAACGGCCCCAUGCAACUCAGAAAGCGAAGCACAAAAAUUUCGCUGGGUGUCCAACAGCCAGUUGAUGAGUGUUUCACUCAAAUUGUGCUUAGGAGUGACCUCCAAGACUGACUGGGUUCCAAUCACUCUCUUUCCCUGUGAUUCACAAAGUGACCUUCAGAAAUGGGAAUGCAAAAAUGACACCCUUUUUGGAGUCGUCGGAGAAGAUUUAUAUUUUAACUAUGGAAACAAACAAGAAAAGAAUGUAAUGCUUUACAAGGGAUCAGGGCUGUGGAGCAGAUGGAAGAUCCAUGGAACUAGCGAUAAUUUGUGCACUCGUGGCUAUGAAGCUAUGUAUACAUUACUGGGGAAUGCCAAUGGAGCGCCAUGUGUGUUCCCUUUCAAGUUUGGAGACAACUGGUAUGCUGACUGUACUUCUGCUGGCAGAUCUGAUGGCUGGCUCUGGUGUGGAACUACAGCUGAUUAUGAAACAGACAGACUUUUUGGGUAUUGUCCCCUGAAAUUUCCUGGCAGUGAAAGUUUAUGGACCAAAGAUCCAUUGACUGGUAUCUCCUACCAGAUAAAUUCUAAAUCGGCUUUGACUUGGCAUCAGGCAAGGAAGAGCUGCCAACAGCAGCAAUCAGAGCUCUUGAGCAUCACAGAAAUACAUGAGCAAACAUACCUGACAGGUUUAACUAAUUCCCUUACCACUGGACUCUGGAUUGGACUUAACAGUUUGAAUUUCAAUAGUGGAUGGCAAUGGGCUGGCUUCAGCCCCUUUAGAUACCUGAACUGGCUUCCAGGAAAUCCAGCACUUGAACCAGGAAAAAGCUGUGUGUUCUUGAAUCCUGCAAAAAAUGCCAAAUGGGAAAAUGUGGAAUGUUCUCGUGGGCUUGGAUAUAUUUGUAAAAAGGGAAACAGCUCAUUAAAUUCAUUCAUUAUUCCUUCAGAAAGUGAUGUGCCUGUUGCCUGCCCAAGCCAGUGGUGGCCAUAUGCAGGUCACUGUUACAAAAUUAAUAAAGAACAAAAAAUGCAAAAAGAUGCCUUAACUUCGUGUAGAAAGGAAGGAGGUGACCUGGCAAGUAUCCACAGUAUAGAGGAAUUUGACUUCAUUUUUUCCCAGCUGGGAUAUGUGGAAAAGGAAACACUGUGGAUUGGAUUAAAUGAUCUCAAGAUUCAAAUGUAUUUUGAAUGGAGUGAUGGGACCCCUGUAACCUUCACCAAAUGGAUGCCUGGAGAGCCGAGCCAUGCAAACAACAGGCAGGAAGAUUGUGUCGUGAUGACAGGAAAAGAUGGGUACUGGUCAGAUCACCCCUGUGAAAAUAGUUUUAAUUACAUCUGCAAGUCGAAACCACUCUCCAAACCACCAGUAAUAGAAGCAGAAGAAGGAUGCCAGAAGGGAUGGAAAAGACAUGGUCUUUACUGUUAUAUGAUUGGGCAAACCCUUUCAACAUUUCCAGUAGCAAACCAGACCUGCAUAAGUCAGAAGGCUCAUCUAGCUACUGUUGAAGACAGAUAUGAACAAGCCUUUUUGACCAGUCUUGUUGGAUUGAGGCCUGAAAAAUAUUUUUGGAUUGGACUUUCAGAUGUAGAAAACAAAGGGACUUUUAAGUGGACCAUUGAUGAGAAUGUCCAGUUCACCCACUGGAAUUCAUUUAUGCCUGGACGAAAGUCAGGGUGUGUUGCUAUGAAAACUGGGGUUGCAGGUGGAUUAUGGGAUGUUCUGAAAUGUGAAGAGAAAGCAAAAUUUGUCUGCAAACACUGGGCAGAGGGAGCAACUCCUCCACCAGUACCCACAACCACCCCUGCUCCAAAAUGUCCAGAUGGAUGGAUUUCCAGUGCUAAAACAAACUUCUGUUUCAAGAUUUUUGACAAAAGCAAAUACAGUAAGAAAACAUGGUUUGAUGCUCGUGACUUUUGUAGAGCAAUUGGAGGAGAUCUUGCCAGCAUCACCAAUAAGGAAGAUCAAACUACAUUAUGGCAGAAUAUAGGUUCUUCAAACUACCAUGAUGUCUUUUGGCUGGGAUUAACAAUUGCAAAUACCGAUGAGGGAUUUACAUGGUCUGAUGGUUCCCCAGUGACAUAUGAAAAUUGGUUCUAUGGUGAACCGAAUAAUUAUGGCAAUGUUGAAUUUUGUGGUGAAUUGAAAGCUGAUCCUAGCAUGCGCUGGAAUGACAUUAACUGUGAACUUCUCCGCAACUGGAUUUGCCAUAUCAAAAAAGGACAUGAGCUGAAACCAGAGCCAACACCUUCCCCUGAGAGCCAACCCUCAGUCACCGAAGAUGGAUGGGUGAUCUAUAAAGAAUACCAGUACUAUUUCAGCAAAGAGAAGAGCACCAUGGAAGAUGCAAGGGCAUUCUGCAAGAGGAAUUUUGGAGACCUAGUUACCAUAAGUGGUGAAAGUGAAAGAAAGUUUCUAUGGAGAUAUAUUUCUGCACUUGAUUUGGAGCCUACAUAUUUCAUUGGUUUACUCAUCAGCCUGGAUAAGAAGUUUGCAUGGAUGGACGGUACUAAAGUAAAUUAUGUGGCUUGGGCUCCAGGUGAACCCAAUUUUGCCAAUGAUGAUGAAAACUGUGUAGUCUUAUAUACCUCUUCUGGAUCUUGGAAUGACAUUAACUGUGGUUAUCCGAAUGCCUUUAUUUGCCAGCGACAUAAUAGUAGCAUCAAUGCCACUGCUUCUCCCACGCCAGCUUUGCCUCUAGGAGGAUGUCAAAGGGGUUGGAAGUCGUUUGAGAACAAGUGCUACGGAUUCUUUGGAUUUAAGGAAGAUGAAAGAAGAAAUUGGCAAGAUGCACGUGAAAGUUGUAAGAAAUCAGGAGGAAAUCUAGUUUCUAUACACAGUGCGAAAGAACAAGCAUUCAUUAUUACCCAGCUGAGGGGUUCUACUUAUGACAGCUGGAUUGGAAUGAACGACAUCAAUUCAGAGAACAAGUUUCUUUGGACAAAUGGUCAAGGAGUCAAGUAUACAAAUUGGGCAAAAGGUUUUCCUGCUGGUCGAAGAAGUCUCCUUUCCUAUGAAGACGCCGAUUGUGUCGUUGUUGUUGGAGGCACGUCACUGGAGUCAGGAAAAUGGGUUGAUGAAAUCUGUGAAAAUAAAAAAGGUUACAUAUGCCAGGCUAAUUCUGACCCUUCUCUGCCUCAUUCUCUGCCACCAGUCCCAUCUGAAGGCUUCAUUGAGUAUGGUGACAGCAGCUAUUCAGUUGUGUCAUCAAAAAUGAAAUGGAAAGAUGCAGAGGAAUAUUGCAAGGAUAAGUCCUCACAAAUUGCCAGCAUCUUAGAUUCUUAUGUCAACUCUUUUUUAUGGCUAGAAGUUCUUAAGAACAAUGAACCUGUCUGGAUUGGUCUGAACAGCAACUUGACUUAUGGUGAAUAUGCAUGGACUGAUAAAUGGAGAAUGAGAUACACUAAUUGGGCCUCUGGGGAACCCCAGCUGAAAUCAGGUUGUGUCUAUAUGGAUCUGGAAGGAUUCUGGAAGACAGCACCUUGUAAUGAAAGUUACCAAUUCCUCUGCAAAAAAUCAGAUGUAAUUCCUCACACGGAACCUCCACAAGCACCUGGCAGAUGCCCAGAUUCAGAACACGUCUCUUGGAUCCCUUUCCAUCGUUAUUGCUAUUAUAUCGAAUCUUCCUCGUCAAGAAGCUGGGGCCAAUCUUUGCUGGAAUGUAACCGAAUGGGUGCAAGUUUGGUUUCCAUUGAGUCAGCUGUGGAAUCAUCCUUUCUGAAAUACAAAGUUGAGCCACUUAAAAGCAAAACCAACUUUUGGAUAGGAAUGUUUAGAAAUGUAGAAGGGAACUGGCUUUGGAUAAACAAUGAUGCAGUAUCUUUCGUCAAUUGGAAAACUGGAGAGCCCUCUGGUGAGAGGAAUGAGGACUGUGUAGAGCUCUAUUCAUCCAGUGGACUAUGGAACAACCUUUACUGCUCCUCCUACAGAGGGUUCAUUUGCAAAAGAGAAAAGAUUAUUGAUGUUCAAAGUACACAAGCAUUGCCAAGAAAAGAAGAUGCUCCAGAGAAAAGAAAUACCUCCAAGUCUCACAGUUCAGCUGGGAUCAUUGUAGUAGUGGUGCUCUUAAUUCUGACAGGAGCUGCUGGUGCUGCAUAUUUCUUUUACAAGAAAAGACAAGUUCGACCAUCUCUAGAAGGGAACUUUGACAACACCCUCUAUUUUAAUACAGGAUCCCCGCGGGAGACUAGUGACACAAAGGAUCUCGUGGGCAACAUUGAACAGAAUGAACAUGCUCUCAUUUAGUGAAAUGACAUAAGGACACUUAUCUAUUAUUGUGUUUGAUAAAUUAACCUUUUGGAUAAAACUUCCCCAAACCUUGAGCCAAAGUGAUUGUUUCCUUGUGAAAUUGUAUUAUUCAGUUUUGUACAAUCUGUUUCCCAGCCCUUUGCACACUUGCAGAAUAGUUGUUCCUUUUUUAGAACUGGCAAGAUUUUUUCUCAACAGAGUAAGUAUAAAAUACUUAGAAAUUUGGCUUACUACAAAUAAGCCCUGUUCAAUUGUCAUUUGUUUCUACGUAAAAUAUGACUAUCAGAAAGACCAUCGAAUUCAUGUCGGUGACCAUACACACACACACACACACACAAAGCCUCACACAUCCUUUGGAGCUUUUAACAAAAGUACAUGGCCAAUUUUGCUGAGAUUCUGCAAAUAAUCUUCCAAGAGAAAAGGAUGACUGAGUCAUAUUUCAUGUCAGUUUUCCACAAUCAGAAGACCUGAAGGAAUUGCAACUCAGAAAAUUUCAGGUGACAUAAAGAAUUCCUUUUAGAGCAGUUUUCACAAUUAAUAGUCGUUUCACUACUAUUGUAGAAAGCUGAAUUGUAUUUUCAUCCAAGAAAAGAUGGCUUUACAACCGGAGUGGCGCAAAUUUUAUAACUUUUGUCCUGAGUAAUUUUAAAAACAUUUUCCUCAGAUGUCAGUGGGUGUGAAACAAACACUUAAAAGUUUGCUUCAUCCACUCUCUUUACGUGUUGUGAAAUAAAGA